GAAAAAAGAAAAGUAGAAAAUGGUGGAUUACAGUAAAUGGAAGAAUAUUGAGAUUUCGGAUGAUGAAGAUGAUACCCAUCCAAACAUCGAUACUCCCUCACUAUUCCGCUGGCGUCAUCAGGCUCGCGUCGAGCGUAUGGCCGAGUUGGAGUUGGAGAAGGAUGAAUUCAAGAAAGCUAAACAAUCAUGGCAGGCGCGCAUGGUGGAUUGUAAGGAGCGAAUGAAGAAAAAAGAAGGCUCUGAAGAAGAACUCAAAGCAGAACUGGAAAAAUUAGAAAAAGAGGGAAAGGAUCUGGAUCGCAGGGAAGAGGAGCUCGUUAAGAAGGAGAAGAAGAUGCCCUGGAAUGUCGACACAAUAAGUAAGCCGGGCUUUGAGAAGACGGUGUUAAAUAAACAGGCGUCACGCAAACAGGACGAGAAUCUAACCGAAGAGGAACGCGAGGCCAAAAUGAAAAACUUUGUCAAAGAAAAUGAGAAAUUGUGCAAACAGUUUGGUAUGAUGAGAAAGUACGACGAUUCUAAGCGUUUCUUGUCGGAACAUCCACACUUGGUUUGCGAGGAGACGGCCAACUACUUAGUCAUAUGGUCCAUUAACUUGGAAAUGGAAGAAAAGCACGAACUAAUGGCUCAUGUGGCCCAUCAGUGCAUAUGCAUGCAGUAUAUGUUGGAGUUGGCAAAACAGUUGGAUGUGGAUCCAAGAGCUUGCAUCGGAUCGUUUUUCUCCAAAAUACAGAACUGUAUGCCUGAGUAUCGCCAGCAAUUUGAAAGUGAAAUUGAGGCAUUUAAAGAACGCAUUCGGAAGAGGGCACAAGAAAAAAUAAAGGAAGCCAUGGCUGAAGCAGAGGAGGAAGAACGUAAAGCUAGACUGGGUCCUGGUGGUCUAGAUCCACUUGAGGUCUUCGAAACUCUACCCGAUGAACUAAAAGCUUGUUUCGAAAGUCGAGAUACAGAGCUCUUACAAAAGACUAUAGCAGCCAUGCCCGUAGAAGAAGCCACAUAUCACAUGAAACGAUGCGUAGAUUCUGGUCUAUGGGUGCCAAAUGCCGCUGAUGCGAAAGAUGAUUCAGAAAAGGCAAAAGAGUCACCUGAAAAAACAGAAGAUGCAGCCAAAAAAACAGACGCAGACAAGGAGCCAGUUUACACAGGUGUUAGUUCUAACGACCUCGACUGAUUGCCCAAAUUGAAAUAACAAUUGCGAUGUGUUUCUG